AUGCACAAUUACCAAGAUAAUAAUUAAAAACUCUUUUAUUAAUUAUGGGAAACUGGUAACAAAAUAUUGUGUUAAGGAAAGUUGUUAGUUGGGUAAAUACUAAUUUUAUCAAAAGUUCUGAAAAUCAUAAAUUUAUUGCAUCUCUUAUACUAAUUACAAUACCAACAGUUUUAUAUUAUGUGUUUAUGGCACCGGUACUAUAAUAUAUUUACUUAGGCAUUGGUUCAAAGUGAUAAAGUUAUUUAGGUGAUUAUUUUUAUAAUUCUGAAUUGCUUAGUUUAUAUUUUCAUUACUAUUACAGUUCUAAUGGAUCCAGGUAUUAUCCCUAAAAUAGUAUUUAUUUAAAUAUUAAAAGACUACAAAUUAUGAAAUGGAUGAAUAGCUAAUUUUAAUUCCUUAAAAAUAUUUAAAAGUUGAUCCUAAAGUAUUAUUUGAAUCAAAAACAUUAUAAAUGAGUGGACAUCAAUUUAAAUUGAAGUUUUGUAACACUUGUAAUAAUUAUAUUAAUAAUUUACAGGUGCUAUAUAUAGACCACCUCGUGCUUCACAUUGUCCUGCAUGUGAUAAUUGUGUAUUGAGAUUUGAUCAUCAUUGUCCUUGGAUAGGAGCUUGUGUUGGAAGAAGGAACUAUAUUUAUUUUUAUCUAUUUAUCUUCUUUCUUUCUGCUACAAUGAUAUAUGUAUUUUCUACAUGUGUUGCAUAUAUCUUUGGAGAUAUAGAUGAUGAUAAGGAUAAAAGUGAAUAGAUAAUCUCAACAUUAUCAAGAAAUCCAUAUUCAUUAGCCUUAGCAAUUUAUUGUUUUGUAGUAAAUUUAUAAGAAUUAACCAGUUUUCAUUUUUUGUUGUCGGUUUAUGGGGAUUCCAUACUUUUUUAGUUAUUACUAAUAUGACUACAAAUGAAUAUUUAAAGAAACAUUGGAUUAUUUAAAGUAAAAAUCCAUUUAGAAGGUAAUGAUAAUUUUAAUACAAUAGAAAAAACAUCUUUAAAAAUAUUUAAUAUGUCUUAGCUUGUAUUAGAGAUGUCAAAUUUUUAGAGCUUCGUUAAUUUGUAUACGAUCCAAAAAGUUAUAAUUAAGUAUUAUGAAUUUAUUCAACAAGCCUAUGACAUAAAAUCAAAUCAAUGAAAAUGAAAAUUUAAAUCCAAUUGAAGAUAAUCAAAACAAUAUUCCUAGAAGAUAGUCUAAGUAAACUGUUGAUCAUGUAGAAGAGCAAUGA